UUCAAUGCCCUUUUAAUUUGAAUUUAUGUCACGCCUUGGGACUCCAUAAACCCUACUCCAAUUAGGGUUUCUCUGCAACUCGUAAGGCUACUCACCAUGGAAGGCAUUGAGCUAGAGGAGGGGCUUGCGCGCCCUUUCGACGAACCCGUCGACGACGGAGACUUCUGCAAUUCGAUCCUCACGCGAUUCAGUGACUCCACGCAAGAGGAGCACCAACGCCUCUGCGCGGUCAUAGGCGCCAUGUCCCAGGAGCUCAAGGACCAGAACAUGCCAUCCUCCCCGGUGGCUUACUUCGGCGCUACGUGGUCGUCCCUGGACCGUCUACUAUCCGAGCCCAAUCCGCCGAGUCACGUGGUCGAGUCUCUCCUCACAAUUUUCUCGCUCCUCCUUCCCCGAGUCCCCGUUGCUGUCGUCAGGAAGAAAGGGGAAUUGAUUUCGGGCCCUAUGGUUCGUGUUCUUCAGUUGUCGUCGUCAACACUAGGUGCCAUAAUCGCUGGGUUGAAAUGCAUUACACAUUAUUUGAUCAUCAAAGAGGCCUCCAACUGGUCAGACGUGUCUCAGUUGUAUGGAAUUUUGCUGAACUUCGUUACGGAUUCGCGCCCUAAGGUUAGAAGGCAAGUUCAGUUGUGUCUUCGUCAUGUAUUGGAAAAUUUUCGAGGGAAAUCUUUGGGGGCACAAGCAAGUGAAGGGCUUAGUGUUUUAUUCAAAAGGUUUCUUCUUUUUGCUAUGGAUUCAAAUCCGAAUAGCAGUGACGGUCCUAAAGGAGCCCUGGAGGUCCUACACGUUUUGGACGCUUUGAAAGAUUGUCUUCCUCUUAUGUCAACCAAAUACACAACCGAGAUACUUGAACACCUUAAACCUCUUCUCGCAGUGCAUCAACCCAUUUUAACAAAGCGCAUAACGGAUUGUUUGCUUUUGCUCUGCCUCAAUCCAGAUUCUGAGGUUUCUUCUAAGACACUGCUUGAUGUGUUGUGCUCACUAGCUCUUUCUGUCACCUCUAAUCAGAACUCAGUGGAUGCUAUGACAUUCACUGCUCGUUUGCUUGAUGCUGGAAUGGUCAAAGUUUAUUCUUGUAAUAGACAGCUUUGCAUUGUUAAACUUCCUGUAGUGUUCAAUGCUCUCAGAGAUAUAUUGGCUUCUGAACACGAAGAAGCUACACAUGCGGCUGUAACUACAUUAAAGAAUUUGAUACAUAAAUGUAUCGAUGAAAGCUUGAUAAACGAGGGCGUGGAUGAAAUUAAAGUGAUGAGUUUAAGUAUGGUUUCCAGGAAGUCUGGGCCAACCAUCAUUGAAAAAGUUUGUUCAACUAUAGAAAGCUUACUUGGAUAUCAUUACUUUGCUGUUUGGGACCUUUCAUUUCAAGUUAUUUCAUCACUGUUUGAUAAGUUAGGUUUUGAUUCUUCUUAUCUUAUGAGGGGAAUCCUCAAGAGUUUGGCAGAUAUGCAGAAGUUGCCAGAUGAAGAUUUCCCUUUCAGGAAACAGCUCCAUGAAUGCCUUGGAACAGCCCUUGGUGCAAUGGGUCCUCAAACUUUCUUGGGCCUUCUACCUCUUAAUUUAGAGGCAGAAGACCUCACAGAGGUGAAUGUUUGGCUCUUUCCAAUUCUGAAGCAGUAUACUAUUGGUGCUCACUUAAGCUUCUUUAUGGAAAUCUUGGAUAUGAUUAGACAGAUGAAAAUAAAAUCUGAAAAGCUUGAGCUACAAGGACGUGUUUAUUCUUCUAGGGGUGUGGACGCACUUGUAUACUCUUUGUGGUCAUUGUUGCCCUCUUUUUGCAACUAUCCUUUUGAUACUGCCCAAAGUUUCAAGGACUUGGUGAAAGAUUUGUGCAGUGCUCUUAAUGAAGAGACUGAUAUUCGUGGAAUAAUAUGCUCCAGUUUGCAGAGUCUUAUUCUACAAAAUAAAAAAAUUCUGGACAAUAAGAAUGAUGAAUCUGAUUUGAAUGACUCUGAACUUGGUGCAAGACAACAUGUGAUGUCUUACUAUACCCCACAUGUUGUAGCAGAUAAUUUAAGUGCGUUGAAGGAAUCUGCUCGUGAGUUAUUGCCUGUUCUAUCAACUGUUUUUCUCAAAUCUAGCAAAGAUGAUGGAGGCUCUUUGCAGUCUGCCAUAGGCGAGUUUGCUUCGAUAUCAGAUAAAGGAGUUGUAUCAAGGUUAUUUAAGAACACAAUGCAUAAGCUUUUGAAGGUCACUCAAAAUGCUGGAAAAACAGAAUCUUCAAAGAAGUCUGAUACAAUGGCAAUUGAUGAGCCAUCAGAUGAAAGUUCGCCUUCAGCUAUGAGGGGAAAACUACUUGACUUGGCUGCUUCACUUUUACCUGGUUUGAAUGCUGAAGAGGUUAAGCUUUUAUUCAUCGCAAUAAAGCCUGCACUACAGGAUGGUGAAGGAUUAAUACAAAAGAAGGCUUACAAAGUCUUAUCACUUAUUCUCAAGACUAAUGAUGUGUUCCUUGCUUCGAAGCUUGAUGAGUUACUUCAACUUAUGAUUGAAGUGCUGCCUUCAUGCAAUUUUUCUGCAAAACGCCACAGGCUUGAUUGUCUGUACUUUUUGAUAGUUUAUGUAUCCAAGGUUAAUACCGAGCAGAGGCGGCGUGACAUCAUAGGGUCAUUCCUAACUGAAAUAAUACUUGCACUUAAAGAGGCUAAUAAAAAAACGAGAAACAGAGCGUAUGAUAUUGUAGUUGAAAUUGGCCAUGCUUGUGGAGAUGAAGAUAAAGGAGGGAAAAGAGAAAACUUGAAUCAGUUUUUUAACAUGGUAGCUGGAGGCUUGGCUGGGGAAACCCCUCAUAUGAUAAGUGCUGCAGUGAAAGGCUUGGCUCGAUUAGUUUAUGAGUUUUCUGAUCUUGUUUCAACUGCCUGCAAUUUGCUUCCAUCCACAUUUCUACUCCUUCGAAGAAAGAACAGAGAAAUAGUCAAAGCUAAUUUAGGUUUACUGAAGGUUCUAGUGGCUAAAUCAAAAGCCGAGGCACUUCAAUUACAUUUAAAGGGCAUGGUUGAAGGCUUGCUGAUGUGGCAAGAUGAUACUAAAACACACUUCAAAGCUAAGGUUAAGCUUCUGUUGGAAAUGCUAGUAAAGAAAUGUGGACUGGAUGCUGUCAAGGCUGUGAUGCCUGAAGAGCACAUGAAACUACUUACCAAUAUACGGAAGAUCAAGGAACGGAAGGAGAAAAAACUGGCUGCUCCAUCUGAGGAAGCUAGAUCUCAUUUCUCAAAGGCUACUACAUCCAGGCUGAGCAGGUGGAACCAUACCAAAAUAUUUUCUGAUUUUGGUGACGAGGAAACGGAAAAUAGUGAUUUAGAGUACAUGGAUGACCUGACAAUUUCUGGCAGGCAGGGAAAGGCUUCCUCACAACUCAAAUCAAAAGCAUCUUUAUUGCGGUCUAGAACCAGAGGAAAUAAGAACUUGCCUGGACAUUUGGUUGGUCAAAUAGAAGAUGAUGAGCCACUUGACUUGCUUGAUCGACAAAGAACAAGAUCAGCUCUUAGAUCAACGGAAAACCUAAAACGCAAAAAUGUAUCAGAGUAUGAGCCAGAAUUUGACGCGGAUGGGCGCAUGAUAAUACAAGAAGAAGGAAAGCCAAAAAUGGAAAAACCCUCUGAUCCUGAAUCCGAUAGGAAGAGUGAAGCAGGUAGUCGUCGGUCUACAAACUCAAAGAAGACUCAGAAGCGGCAGAAAACAUCAGACUCUGGGUGGGCUUAUACAGGAAACGAGUAUGCUAACAAGAAGGCUGGUGGAGAUUUGCAGAAGAAAGACAAGCUUGAACCAUAUGCAUAUUGGCCACUUGAUCGCAAGAUGAUGAGUCGUAGACCAGAGCACCGGGCAUCUGCAAAGAAAGGGAUGGCUAGUGUAGUAAAGAUGACAAAGAAGCUUGAAGGCAAAAGUGCCUCUAGUUUGCUGGCCUCUGGGGGCUUGAAGUUUAAGAAGAGCCAUAAGAAAAGCGGUAAGAAGAAGAGCAAGUGAGGUGGCUCCCUAGUUUAGAUCAUUUCCUUGAAUCAGAUUGCUUCAAAAAAAAUUGUCAAAUCAAAUAAUUAGAGCGGUUCAGAUUGUAAUCUUACUUCCCGAUUUUUGACACUGUUCGUCGAUGAGUGGUCAUUAAUUUAUUAAUUUUUUUACACAUUUGGAGUACACAUUGUAAUUAUAAUGUUGUCUUGCCAUGAGUUUUGAGAUUUGUUUUGCA